CGAGCGGAGACCCCGGGAGCGCCGCCCGCGCCCCGGCGGAGCCGCUUGGCGACAGCCGGGAACCCCGCCGAGGAGAGGCAGCCCCGUGCCCUGGCGGGGGCAGUCCCCGCGGGAGGGGCGGGCAGGCAGCGCCCGGGGAGCGGGGGGCCCGGACCGGCAGCCCGGGCGCUCAGGAUGUUCCCGCAGGGACGGCACCCGACCCCGCUGCAGCCCGGGCAGCCCUUCAAGUUCUCGGUGCUGGAAAUCUGCGACCGCAUCAAGGAGGAAUUUCAGUUCCUGCAGGCGCAGUACCACAGCCUGAAGCUGGAAUGCGAGAAGCUGAUGAGCGAGAAGACCGAGAUGCAGAGACAUUAUGUCAUGUACUACGAGAUGUCCUAUGGCCUGAACAUUGAAAUGCACAAACAGGCAGAGAUUGUCAAGAGGCUGAGUGCCAUUUGUGCCCAGAUUAUUCCCUUCCUGACGCAGGAGCACCAGCAGCAGGUCCUGCAGGCAGUGGAACGGGCCAAGCAGGUGACCAUGGGGGAGCUCAACAGCAUCGUCGGGCAGCAGCAGCUUCAGCACCUCUCCCACCACGCACCCCCCCUCCCGCUGACACCCCACCCCUCCAGCAUGCAGCCCUCUAGCCUGAGUGGGGCCAGCGGCGCCUCGGGGCUCCUGGCCCUCUCGGGGGCACUGAUGGCACAGGCUCAGCUGGCCACCAAGGAGGACAGAGUGGCCCAGGAUGGGGAGAACAGAGAACACACCCCAAGCCGAAGCGUUUCUUCCUCCCCUGCCGAGAGCCUGCAGGACGAGGAGCGGACGGGGCUGAAGCGGAAGCGGGAGGAGAAGGAGCUGCCUGAGCAUUCUGACAGCGAUGAAGACAAGAGUGACUACAACCUGGUGGUGGAUGAGGACCCGCCUUCGGAGCCCGGCAGCCCUGGCAGCUCGCCCGGCCACCGCCGGGAGCUGCCCCAGAGCCCCGCGUCCAUCGGCUCCAACGGGAGCACCACGCCCCUGCAGCCCAAGGAGCAGAGCCCGACCAGCUCUGUGGCCAUUGCUCCCAUCUCCAAGCCCUCCUGUUCCUCAGCACCCCGUGACUCCCUCACGCCUGGCCCUGGGCCCAGCUCGGCCACCCCGCUCCAGCCACCCCCGGCCAAGGCCCCCAGCACCGACAGUGUCACUCUCCGCAGCCCCCUGAGCUCCUCCAGCCCCUACAUGUCCUCUCUGGGGAUGCUGCCCCACGCCACCCUCAGCGGGGAGCUCCCAGCCCCGGGUCUCUACAUGGGCAUCCACCUCUCACCCCAGGUCAGCAGCGCGGUGCUCUACGGCCGCUCCCCCGUGGUGGCAUUUGAGUCGCACCCUCACCUGAGGGCUUCCACCCUCUCCUCUUCACUCUCCACCAUCCCUGGAGGGAAGCCCGCCUACUCCUUCCACGUCAGCGCCGACGGGCAGAUGCAGCCGGUGCCUUUCCCCCCCGACGCCCUCAUCGGCUCCGGCAUCCCCCGGCACGCGCGGCAGCUGCACACCCUGACCCACGGCGAGGUGGUCUGUGCUGUCACCAUCAGCAACUCCACACGACACGUCUACACCGGGGGCAAGGGCUGUGUCAAGGUGUGGGACGUGGGGCAGCCGGGCACCAAGACGGCCGUGGCUCAGCUGGACUGCCUGAACCGUGACAACUACAUCCGUUCCUGCAAGCUGCUCCCCGACGGCCGCAGCCUGAUCGUGGGGGGGGAGGCCAGCACCCUGUCCAUCUGGGACCUGGCGGCCCCCACGCCCCGCAUCAAGGCUGAGCUCACCUCCUCUGCCCCUGCCUGCUACGCCCUGGCCAUCAGCCCUGAUGCCAAAGUUUGCUUCUCCUGCUGCAGCGACGGCAACAUCGUGGUGUGGGACCUUCAGAACCAGACGAUGGUGAGGCAGUUUCAAGGCCACACGGAUGGUGCCAGCUGCAUUGACAUCUCUAACUAUGGCACCAAGCUGUGGACAGGAGGGCUGGACAACACCGUGCGCUGCUGGGACCUGCGGGAGGGGCGGCAGCUGCAGCAGCACGACUUCAGCUCCCAGAUCUUCUCCCUGGGCUACUGCCCCAUGGGAGAGUGGCUGGCGGUGGGGAUGGAGAGCAGCAACGUGGAGAUCCUGCACAUCACCAAACCUGACAAGUACCAGCUGCACCUCCACGAGAGCUGUGUCCUCUCUCUCAAAUUCGCCUCCUGCGGGAAGUGGUUUGUGAGCACAGGGAAGGAUAAUCUGCUGAAUGCGUGGAGAGCACCCUAUGGAGCCAGCAUCUUCCAGUCUAAGGAGUCCUCGUCAGUCCUGAGUUGUGACAUCUCUGUCAACGACAAAUUCAUCGUUACGGGCUCCGGCGACAAGAAGGCCACAGUGUACGAGGUGGUUUACUGAUUCCUGUCACACUCCCUGCCCCAUCAGGAAAGGGGAUACUCCUUGCCCAAAACCACCAUGGCUCCAGUGCUGGACCUGCCCUCCUGCAGCUCUACUUUCCCUCCUCUACUUUGAGACACCAAACCAAGGUUCUCCUGCCCCCGUUCCUCUAAAAGGAUGGAGGUGAAGGCUCGAUGUAGCCUGACAUCCCCUGGGGUGGGGCAAGGGCUAAGCUGGACAUCCUGGGCCCUAUCUGUCCCUCAGGCCGGCUGCCUGAGGGUGUGUGUCUCCUGAAUUACUGCUACUGAUUUAAUGGCACCCAUUUUCUGUUGCAGAAACAGCUGUAAAUUAUCAGUAAAGAAAUGUAUUUAACUAUGUUUUCAACCCCUUACUAAUAAAA